AUGAAGGAGCGGGUGAGGAAAGCUCGGGAAGCACAGCAGCUCUGGAAGACUUCCUCCUUUGCUCGGAGGCGUUAUCUGCUGCGUACCAUCCAGCAGUUCGUCUUGGAGAACAUGGACACCAUUUGCACGGUUGCCUGUCGAGACUCUGGCAAGACGGUAUUGGAUGCCAUGGUCGGAGAGCUUACCGUGACGCUGGAGAAGCUUCGUUGGACCAUCGCAAAUGGCGAGAGUUCUCUUCGUCCCGAGUACCGGGACUCUGGGCUCAUGAACUUGCACAAGACAAGUCGUGUCGAGUGGGAGCCAGUGGGUGUAGUGGGGGCCAUCGUGCCUUGGAACUAUCCCUUUCACAAUGUGUUCAAUCCGAUGAUCGCUGCCCUGUUCUCAGGGAAUGCGAUUGUGAUCAAGGUCUCCGAGUUUGCGGCUUGGUCCAGUGUCUACUUGGCGAAGGCGUUACGCCAAUGCCUCGAAGCUGCCGGGGCUCCUGUGGAUUUGGUGCAGCUUUGUGCAGGUUACGGGCAGGCCGGGAAAGCGCUGGUCGAAGAAUGCGACAAGCUGAUCUUUGUGGGGAGUGUGCAAGUGGGGCGCAAGGUGAUGGAAUGUGCCAGCCGAGCGGAGCAAAUCACCCCCGUGAUUCUGGAGCUUGGGGGCAAGGACCCCUUCGUGGUCUGCGAGGAUGCUCAGGUCGAUGAGGCGAUGACGCAGCUCGUGGUGCGCGGUGCCUUCCAAAACAUGGGGCAGAACUGCGCAGGGCCCGAAAGGUUCAUCGUCUAUGAGCAAGUUUACGAUCUCUUCUGUCAGAAGGUCACAGAUCUCGUAAAGCAGCUGAAGCAGGGGCCACCCUUAGGCUCUGAAGGCAGUUUCGUGGACUGUGGGGCCUGCGUGCACCCACCCAGCCUUCUCAACUACCAACGCCUUGUCGACGACGCAGUGUCCAAAGGUGCCAGGGUAUUGUGUGGUGGCAAGAAGAACACUGCCUGGGAGGCUCAAUUCUUUGAGCCUACAGUGCUUUGUGACGUGACGGAAGGGAUGCUGAUCGCAGAGGAGGAGACAUUUGGGCCGAUUUUGUCGAUUUUUAAAGUGAAGGGCGAGACCGCGGAGUUGGCGGAUGCUGAGGCCCUUCGCUUGGCCAACGCUUGCCGCUUCGCUUUAAGUGCCUGCGCACACUCGGCCUCCGAGACGAGGGCGGCCAAGCUCUGCCGAAGCUUCGAGAGCGGCAUGGCCAGCGUCAACGACGUCGAGGGCACCACCUACCUCAGCCAAUCCUUACCCUUCGGGGGAUACAAGGACUCGGGCUUCGGCCGCUUCGCGGGACCGGAGGGCCUCAGAGGUUUGUGCCACGAGCGGUCCUUGGUCCAGAACCGCUUGGCUUUCUUGAAGCCCAGCAUCCCUCCGGCCAUCGCCUACCCGGCCAGGGGCCAUGGCGAGGCCUUCUGUCGAGGACUCAACUUGCUGCUCUACGGCAGCCCGAUGCAAAGACUCCAAGGCAUUUUCCAGCUUGCAGGCGCCAGCGCCGCAAGCACCCAGGCGGGCGGUGCAAAGAAAGAUUGA